AUGGAUGGGCUGAUGCAAAUGAAGAUGAGGAAGGCAAAAGGAAGAGAAUAUGGCGAUACGCAAGAAGAAGAAGGAGAUUACAUUACCAGUGAAGAUGUUUCUAAAUUGAAAUACACCAACAAGUGGUGGAAGAAACAUAAGAAUGGCCAAUAUAGCCGCGAUUUCUUUCAGAUUGGCCACGCAGGAAGUGGAAUACGAAGAAACCAGCAAGGCGGUAGCUAUCAGGUUUUUGGUACUGAGCUAGAACCUGUCCUGGAAACACGCUUUCUCGGUUACAAAUUGCUCUGUUUCUUCACCAUUUGUCGGUUGGAUACAAGUGGUGGAAGAAACAUAAGGAAGUGGAAUUUGAAGGUUAAAAAUACCAAGAACUGGAAAGUAAUUCUGUGGGUUCGAUACCUGCAUACAAAUCCUGAAAAUUUUGAAGAUCCCAUGUGCUUCAAUCCUGAUAGAUGGAAUGAACCAGCAAGAUCGGGCACGUAUCAGGUAUUUUGUGUUGGACCUAGAAUUUGUGCUGGGAAUAUGCUUGCUCGGUUACAAAGUGCGCUAUUUCUUCACCGUUUGUUUGUUGGAUACAAGUGGGAACUGCAGAAUCCGGAUGCAGAGAUUAUUUAUCUUUCACAUCCAAAACCGGUUGACGGCGUUGAGAUCAUCAGCUUCAGUGAAAUAUAG